AUGAACAAACUAAAAACAACAACAAUAACUAGUAACGAAUAAAUUAGAGAUGACAAUAUCCACCAAAACUCACUGGCAAAUCAAGAGUCUUUGCUCUAGGCAUAACAGACUAACCAAGAUGAUUAAUAGCAAAAUAUUGUACCUAUAGAUGACUAAUCGAAAGUGUAAUUGCCUUUAUAGAGUAAAUAGGAUUUCAUUGCUCAAAUGAAGGCAUUACUAAAAACAUAAUAACUACAGAAAACUGAUGAUGUUGAAAAGAAAGAUAAUGAAGUUGAGAACAUUCAAAUUGAAAAGAUUCCGAAGAGGACCAACAACUUAAUGCAAUUAAAUUAAAAAGUAAAGUUAAUAAUUAAUUGUGUAGUUUUAGCUAUAAAAAAGGAAUGA